AUCAUACGUUAGUUUUGUUUAUUUUUCAAUCUCCAUACACGGCUUUCUCGAUCAGUGAUCGUAGUUUAAUUCCUCUACAUCGUUAAUAUUCAACAAACAAGCAGGUGACAUCAUCAAUUUUAAAAAUAGCCGCUAUAUCGACUAUUUCCGAAGUUCGCUCGGUUGCUCUCUCUCUCUCUCUCGAAAUACCAUCGGAAUUCACGAUCCGCCUCGUGGCCGUAUAUCAGCCAAGGUAUCAGCGGAUACGAAGACAGCUGACGUAGAAAUUUAUAUCAAGUCAGUUUACAGUGUGUAGCGCGUACGGUUACUCGUCCAUGUUAUACUUUAGCAGCUACUGCGCGAGACACGAUCGGCAGCGCUCAGUUCUAUGUUUACCCAGAGGCCAAUAGACAGAUCGGAGUACACCGUUUACGUGAUCAAGUGAAUACGUGCUACACUGGAAUUUCGGAGGAUUCUACUGUGCAUGCAGCUGUGAAUAGUUUAUACUUUGCUAGAUUUAAUUACACGCAAAGUAUAGAUAUUGGCGCAUUUUCAACGACCUUUAUACGCAGCUCGCGGAGAUCGACUACUGGUAUGAUGUUACACGCACAUAACGUACCGACACUCAUUAAAGAAAUCUCAGACGUAUUUUAUCGUCAACACGAGAGAUAAGAAGGCUGCGAACGAUAAAGAAUCUUGGCAUUGGGAUUAGAAUGCCAUCGGCGGUUUAAAAGAGCGGCGUGGAUUUUAAAGCAAUUAGACGAGACAUCUGCUUCGAUGGAUACUCUGUAGAAAUAUAACGAUCCGAUAUAAGUUUUAUUUUAGUAAAAUUUGUUCGUUUUUAAAGAUAAAGCGGCCGAUUAGCGUUUGCAAUUCGACUUGGCAACAGUUAAUACAUUUUAAAUUAAAAAAAAAACAACAACACAAGAAUGAAUGCUUUGAAACAAGGAUGGUUCAGUGAAAUUAAUGGAUUGUGGCCUGGAAUCGCCCAAUCAUUGGAAGUCGAAAAAAUUCUGUACGAAGGACAAUCGGAAUAUCAACACGUUUUAGUUCUACAAACAAAAUCUUACGGUAAAGCUUUGGUACUUGACGGCAUCAUUCAAUGUACCGAGAAAGAUGAGUUUUCCUAUCAAGAAAUGAUCUCGUUCCUACCGUUGUGUUCUCAUCCCAAUCCCAAAACGGUUUUGAUAGUAGGCGGUGGCGACGGCGGUGUAGCCCGAGAAGUAGCUAAGUUUCCUGGCGUUGAGAAAAUUUACCAAGUCGAGAUCGACAACAAGGUCGUCGAAGUCUCCAAACAAUUUCUGCCAUUCAUGGCCAAGGGUUUCUCUGACCCAAAGGUAAAUUUACACAUCGGGGACGGCUUCGAAUUCAUGAAGCAGCACAGCAACGAGUUCGACGUUAUUAUAACCGAUAGCAGCGAUCCAGUGGGACCUGCAAUAUCGCUGUUUCAAGAGCCUUACUUCGCAUUGCUGAAGAAGGCGUUAAAACCUAAUGGAAUUGUUUGCUGCCAAGCUGGAACCGUUUGGUCUAAUCUCGAUCAAGUUCAGGAUACUUUGACCCACUGCAGAUCGAUAUUUCCAAAAGUGGCGUAUGGAGUUUCGUCCGUGCCUACGUAUCCGACUGGACAGAUCGGCUAUAUGCUUGGAAGUCUCAACCCCGAAACAAAUUUCAACGAACCUCUGAAGACUUUCAGCGAAGAUGAACUCGAUAAAAUGGAAUUAAGAUAUUACAGCGACAAGAUUCAUCGAGCUAGUUUUGAAUUGCCUAGAUUUGCUAAGAAGAGCUUGAAAUUAUAAUUAAAAGAGAUGAAUCGCAAA